UCGGUGUCAUGCAGUCUGUUUGAAAUGCUGGCUCUUUGCCACUUUGAUCAGAUGACAAGUGAGCUACCUGCUGCGGGAAAGAGUAAAGAGGCUUCCGCCUGGAAAGUGUCCUGUUCCUAUAACUGUGCAGAAAGAAACCUGAUUGGAGAUUUCGCCGAUUUAAGGUGUGCUUUGACGAGCCAAAGACAAACGUGCCUGGUGCAGCUGGCAGCUGAAGUCCGGAACAGAGGCAUAACAGUGCCUGUCAGUUCCCAUUCUGACCCCUCACUGGGGGGGGGGUGGGGGUUAAAUUAGGGCCAUGAGCUCCCCGAUGCUGCUGACCUGUGUUGUAUCUGCGGUGGUCGCCGGUCUCCACGCCGCUUCCCCGGGCUCCGAGGAUGUGCGAGUUCAGCCCGAAUUCACUCGCUCCCUGCGCGCAGUCAGCCCUCGCUUCCUGUCGGUGGCUCUGGACGCCUCCCUACUCCGGACACAGAGCCUAGAUUUACUCCGAUCUCAGAAACUAAUCACUUUAGCAAGAGGCCUGUCACCUGGAUACCUGAGAUUUGGUGGAACCGGAGCUGACUUUAUUCUAUUUGAACCAAAUGAUCAUUCAUUUUUAUCACAAGAAUAUGGCUGGAAAUAUCCAAACACUCAAGGUGAUUGUCUAAAUACGAUUCCUUUUGAAAAAGAAGAGUAUCUGACAUAUCUUUUGGCCUUGCAAGCACCUAUAAUCCUGAAAGAGGAAUUCCAACAGGACUUUAAGAACAUUACAAUUUCAGAAAGAUCUGUGGACAUUUUGCAUGGUUUUGCAAACUGCGCUGGGCUUCACUUAAUCUUUGGUCUCAAUGCUUUAUUGAGGAAAAACCAUGCAUGGGACAGUUCAAACGCUCAAAAGCUUCUGCAGUACUGUGCAUCGAGAGACUAUAACAUGUCCUGGGAACUUGGCAAUGAGCCCAAUAGCUUUAGAAAGAAAGCUCACAUAAAAAUUCGUGGCACCCAACUUGGUGAGGACUUUGAGCAUUUGUAUAGCCUGCUACAUACAUUCAGGAUCUUCAACCACACGGGACUCUAUGGACCGGAUAUCGGACAGCCUGGGAAACGAGCGACCGUCACCUUGCUGAAAGGGUUCCUUAAAACUGGAGGCAAAGUCCUUGAUGCAGUCACCUGGCACCAUUAUUAUGUGAAUGGGCGGAAUGCAUCGCUGAAGGACUUCCUGAGCCCCCAGGUUUUGGACAGCCUCGUGCUUAAAAUUAAUCAAAUUUUUGAGGUUGCGUCUAAAAUUGUUCCUGAUAAGAAAGUGUGGUUAGGGGAGACCAGUUCUGCUUUUGGAGGAGGUGCUCCUGAUCUAUCAGACAAAUAUGUAGCUGGUUUUAUGUGGUUGGACAAACUUGGACUGUCGGCUAAAUUGGGCAUUGAUGUUGUUAUCAGACAGGCUUUGUUUGGUGCAGGAUUUUACCAGCUGGUGGAUAGAACACUUGACCCAUUGCCCGAUUAUUGGCUUUCUCUCAUUUACAAGAAGCUUGUCAGCACCAAGGUGCUGAAUGUAUCUGCUGUGCACAGAGAUGCAGCCAGCAAUGGAACACUGCGUGUGUACAUGCACUGUACCAACCCCAAUAGCCAAAUCUAUCAAAAAGGAUCAGUAACGAUGUUUGCUUUAAAUCUGAGUGAUCAAGACAAGCGCAUUCUCCUGUGUUGCAGUUUGUUCAACAAAACUGUUCAGUUCUUGCUCCAACCCGGUGACAGUGAGGAAGGAUUAUAUUCGCAGUCUGUUCAACUCAACGGUGAGCUUCUCAAAAUGGUGGACAGGAAGACCUUGCCGACUAUCAAGGGAAAAGCGCUUCAGCCAGGAAGUCCGAUCAUUCUCCCCGCACAUUCUUAUGCAUUCUAUGUGGUACAAGAUGCCAAGGCCCCUGCUUGUCAAUGAAACAGAAUCAAUACAAUGGGACAACCGGCAGUGGUUUGAACUUAAAAACAAAAAAACUGCGGAUGCUGGAAAUCCAAAACAAAAACAGAAUUACCUGGAAAAACUCAGCAGGUCUGGCAGCAUCGGCGG